AUGCUUACGGAUGAACAAUAUGCUAGUGAAAACAUUUCAGAGCUCACUUCUCCAACUCAAACACCACAUGUAGAAGCUACAAAUGCGGUUGGGGUGGAUAGUGAUGUUGAUGAAGAUGAAGAUACACAAGAUGCUAAUGACAAAGCUAUAAGAGAAAGCGCUCCAUCUCAAAUUUUCAACAAUGUUGCAGAGUUGGAUCCGAUUUUGCUUGAUUCUUGGAGGACUUGGUCCAACAACCACUCUUUUGAUGGUGAAUUUGCUAUUGGUCAAGAGUUUGAUUCUUUAGCGCAAUUGAAAGACAUAGUCAAAGGUUAUUCCAUAGCUAAAAAUCAUUCAUUUAAGGUGUUGGAGAGUGAGACCACAAAAUACGUAGUUGAGUGUAAAAGAAAGAGUUCAUGCAAAUGCUCAUGGAGGUUACGUGCAAUCAAGGAUCCUUGUCUUGCUUCAUUCAGAAUUGUGAGGUAUAAUGGCCCUCAUGCAAGUAAUUAUUUGGGUGAUAUAAACUCAAUCGAUCAUCCUCUUCUCUCCUCUGAUUUUGUAUGCAAUGAGAUAAAAGAUCUUAUUCGUGCCGAUCCUUCUUUGAAAAUCUGUGUUAUUGUGCAAGCGGUGAAAGACAAGUUUAAGUAUACCAUCAUUUACAAGAGAGCUUGGUCAGCGAAGCAAAAGGCUAUUGCAAGCAUUUUUGGUGAUUGGGAGAAAUCUUACGAAGAGUUGCCUAGGUACAUGCAAGCAUUGAAGGAGUCUAAUCCGGGAACCGUAGUGGAAUGGUGUACCUUGGCUUCUAAUGAAGAUCCUUCUGUUCACAUUUUUUUGAGAGUGUUUUGGGCAUUCAAGCCUUCCAUCGAUGGCUUUAAGCACUGUCGACCCCUAAUCACCAUAGAUGGAACUCAUUUGUAUGGUAAGUACAAGGGCACGUUACUCAUAGCCAUGGGUACAAAUGCGAAUUCUCAAUUGUUCCCUCUUGCUUUUGCUAUUGUUGAAAGUGAAAAUGGUGAGAGUUGGAAAUGGUUCAUGAAAUGCAUUCGGCAUUUAGUUACUCAGAGGGAAGAUUUGUGUGUCAUUUCUGAUAGACAUGCAGGGAUUUUGCAAACAAUGAAUGAGGUCAAUAUUGGGUGGGAGGAGUCGUGUGCCCACCACCGUUUUUGUACUCGUCACCUUGCCUCUAAUGUCAACACUCAGUUCAAGAAUGCUUAUGUGAAGAACCUUUUCGGAAAAGCCGCAGAUGCUCGUCAAAGAAAGAAGUUUGAUUACUACUUGGGAAGAAUUGGUGAAUUGAAUGUUUAA